AUGGCUAUCAAUUUACCUGGAUAUUACUACGAUGAAGAACGUGGACGCUAUUUUAAAGUCGUGAAUAAUGAACGAAGUGGAGCUCCAACGACAAGCACUACAAAAAAUCAAUACAAUAGAGAAGAAAUAAAGAGGAGAAAGUUUAGAGAGACUCAACAAAAGAAAUAUGAAUUUGUUGUUGCAGAAAGAACUUCUAUCUACAUGGAUCAUAUACGGAAUAUCCAGGAUCCUUUGUACUUAGCAACAGAAGGAAAGAAAACUCAGCAGAUUAUAGCCGGUUUAAGAUUACAGAGUAGAUAUCUACGACUUGAAGAAUUAUUCAACAAAAACAAUACAGUCUCUAUAACUCAACCAAUUAGAUUUAAAAUCAACAACUUACCUGAGACAGGUCAAUAUGAGCGUCAUAUCAUCUCGAUAUUCUUUAAUUAUUGGUCUGGACAGAUUAUUGUAACUACCGACACAGGCACAAUAUUUAGAACAACCAACUCUUUUGGGAGGAUUCCUGAACCAACAUUUCAAAAUGUGGAAGCACUUCAAUCAAUGACCAACUGUCCUGAAUUGACUACAGAGAGGAAUAUGAAACAAACCACCUUGAGGUUGGAAGGAACACCUGCUGAUACCUUUGGUGUUUUUCACCACUCGGUCAGGACUAAUUCCUUUUCCCAUAUCUUUAGUCGUUCAUUUGAUGACCCUACUUACUCAAGAUUAAAUUAUGUCAAAUUUAAACCCUCACAACAUGUCUACGACUCGGUUAAUUUGAACAUUAAGAAUUCCGAAAUAUUUAUUGUCAGUGUUGAUUUUAAAUUAUAUAUUUAUGAAUGGUCGGCUAACAAGACUAUCGCCAAAUUUAUUAAAACAGUGGUACCAGAUGACAAAAUGAAAUCUGACAUAAUAUCAUUGACACUGUCUAGAUCAGAGAUCAAUUUCAGGGCUGAAACAUUAUUUGUUGGUUGUCGUAAUGGACAAAUUCUUUGCAUCCCAAUAACUGAUAAUGAGAUACUGGACCUAAGGCGGAAAAAAACUUUUUCUAAUCCAUUAAAUAUUCGAUCAGUGAUAACUCUUAAAACAGGUACCUACUCGAAUCAAUUGUUUGUGUCUGCCAUCGCACAAGAUGACACUCAAUUGCUUUUCAUGAUGGACCCAACGGUGAUUGAAGUCGAAUACUUGAGGCCACCUAUGACCAUAUUCCAAACUAGUUUUACAAACCUAUCCAGGAAAACUGAAAUAUUCGAUCUUUCACCGGAUGGCCAUUUUCUUUGUUACGGUUUUGCACCAGAAUCGGGUGGUACACAGAAGGGUGACUUUGAAGUCUUUUCAUUGAACUACAACGAAAAUUUAGUUUUCGACAUUGAUUCAAAAAGACAGUUAACAACAUUCUAUCCAAUUAGAAAAUUACAGGAUUACAAACAUAUUUUGGAAGAUUCUGUGUCUAUUGUCGAUGCAUCUUUUACCAAAAUCAACACAAAAAGACCAUUGACUACCUUAAGAAUAAAAUCUGAUGAAGACGAUCAUCUCUAUGAGCAAAUCAAGAACGAAACCGGUGGUUUUCCAUUACAACAACAUAUUGUAUUAUCACUCCAUCAUAGAAGAGACGAUGGGCCACCCAUUUUUUCUGUCCUUUGCCUAGAAUUAUUAUAA